AUGGCGCCCACUACGCAAUAUGAGCUCUCACCGCCGCCUGGUGACGCCGUCUCAGCUCUGGCCUUCGCCCCGAGUGCGCCCACCAAGCUCCUAGUCUCGUCGUGGGACAAGAAGCUGUACAGUUACGAUGUCUCGAACCCCGAGUCCAGCCUUGUGCGCACAUACGAUCACAGAGCCCCUAUCCUGGAUGUGUGUUUCGGCGACCACGAUGGUGAAGCAUUCACCGCUGGCAUGGACUGGGUUGUCAACCGGAUCGAUCUCGAGACUGGUGAGAUGACAGCUCUUAGCAAGCACGCUGCGCCGGUACGCUGUGUCACCUACAGCCGAUCCCACGGAAUCCUAGUGUCGGCCUCGUGGGACUGCAGUCUCAACCUCCACAACCUACGCGACCCGUCGAACACGCCGAUCCGAGUCGCGCUGCCCGGCAAACCCCACGCGCUGGCCUCCAGCCCGACAAAGGUGGUGGUGGCCAUGACGGGCCGUGUUAUCAACAUCUACGACAUGGACACAAUCCGAAACCUAUUCUCCAAGGGCGGCACCGACCUGAAGCCGUGGCAGCAGCGCGAGUCGUCGCUGCGCUACCUCACCCGCGCUGUCGCCUGUAUGCCGACCGAUGCGGGGUACGCCACCAGCAGCAUCGAGGGCCGCGUCGCAGUCGAGUGGUUUGAAGACACUGCCGAGUCUCAGGCCCGCAAGUACGCCUUCAAGUGCCACCGUCAGGCGGCCCCGGACGGCGACGGCGACAUUGUCUACCCCGUCAACGCGCUCGUCUUCCAUCCCGUCCACGGCACUUUUGCCUCGGGCGGCGGCGACGGCACCGUCGCCCUGUGGGAUGCAGAGGCCAAGAGGAGGUUAAAGCAGUACCAGAAGUUCCCCAACAGCGUCGCCGCUCUCGCCUUCUCCGGUGACGGCAAGUACCUCGCCGUUGGGGUCUGUCCCGGCUUCGAGACCGGCCAGGAGGACUACUCUGGUGCCGGGCAGACGGCUGUUCUGAUCCGCGAACUUGGUGAGAACGAGGCAAAGGGAAAAGGUGCGAAAUAA